UCUACGACAGACGCAGGAUAUCCAUUUCUUUGCGCUCCCCACCUCCUCCAAACCGCCAAAAUGUCCACAACCAAGCGCAGCACCGCCGCCAAGAAGGGCCAGAAGAUCACCAAGAAGUUCAUCAUCAACUGCUCGCAGCCCGUCAACGACAAGAUCUUCGACAUCCAGGCUUUCGAGAAGUUCCUCCACGACCGCAUCAAGGUCGAGGGCCGCACUGGUAACCUUGGCGACACCAUCCAGAUCAGCCAGCAGGGCGAUGGCAAGAUCGAGGUCAUUGCGCACCAGGAGUUCUCCGGCCGCUACUUGAAGUACCUCACCAAGAAGUUCCUCAAGAAGCAGCAGCUCCGUGACUGGCUCCGCGUCGUUUCCACCUCCAAGGGCGUCUACGAGCUCCGCUUCUUCAACGUUGUUAACGACGAGGCGGAUGAGGAUGACGAGUAGAUCUACGAUACCACUUGAUGAUACCAACAUGGCUUGCAUAGAAUGGAGUCUAAGGUUCGGAAAAUGAGAUGGGUGGAGGUCUACAUGGCAUAUAGCACGAUCUAAUGAAUUGAUGCAUUUGCCAACGACAAGUUAUUAUGCAUAUGUGC